ACUGGCACUGCUAUAGCUCUGACAGCAAAAAUACCUUAAAGAAAACACGGUUCCGGUUUGUUUACCAGUAUUUUGAAGUUUGACUUGUUUGUCUAGCUGAAAUUUCAAAGGCUGUAGCGAUGGGUCGAGAGAGUCCAGCUAGCAAGAAGCGUCGACGCAGUUGGAGUUCAUCUUCUACAAGCUCAUCCUUGUCUAGCAGCUCGUCUUCAAGCUCUGAUGCUGGUAGGAAAAGGUCUGACAGGUCGUCGGCCAAGAACAGACAGAGGCCACUUAACAGUCGGCGUGAGACGCGCCGACGUUCGCCAGGCGGCCGCAGGGAUCGGAGUUUUUCAGAGGAUCGCAAUGGUCGCGCUCUAUCCACUGCUUCUUUCGACUCUAUGGACUUGGAGAAAAUGUCUAAAAAGAAAGACGCCAUAACCAAAUUGAGGGAGAAAUUAGGCAGCACCAGCGACGAACCCCAGCCAAGAGAAGGGCAACAUCCAAAAGUUUCUACAGACAAGAAAAGACCAUCGCCCUCGAGGAAACGCGAGUCUCCCUCAAGACUGAGAAGGUCACGUUCUCCAAGACGGCGAGAUACCAGGUCGCCGAAGCAAAGUGAAAAGAGUCACAUUAGGAGGUCAAGGUCUCCAGCUGGACACAGGAGUAACAGGCACGCCGACGAAAGGCAGCGCAGGGAAAGUUAUGCCCCUGGGAAAGUAGACAACAGCAGACACAAAUCCCCGGACAACAAAAGAAGGAGAUCAGAAUCUCCGAGACAAAAGUUUGGAGACAGGAGACCUCCUCGAAGGAGUUCUCCUGGCAAAUCAACAAAAAGGAAUUCUCCAGGCAAGAGCUUGGACAGACCUGAGCGUACAGAGAGGAAGAGGUCCAGGAGUUUUGAACGCCCUAACUACAGUAAAGGAUCAAUCAAUGACAAAAGGUGGAAACAUGAUGGAUACUUGGAACUUCAAAAUGAAUCCAUGAAUCCUCCACAAUCCACUGGCUUUGACAAAGGCUUCAAUAAGAGAAGGCACCAAAAUGGAGGGGAUGAUCCUUACAUGGAUGCAAGAAGGGCUCAAAGAGUAGAAAUCUGUGAGAAAGGAGUAGCUAGCCUCUGGGCAAACUCUCCAAGGCCACUUUCUGAUAGCUCUGAUGAAGAGAAAAAGAAGAAAGAAGCAGCAGACGGUGAUGACAAGAAAAAGAAAAAGAAGAAACUACUCAAGAAACUAGAAAGAAAAAUUAAGAAAGAAAUCAUCGCGGAAAUGUUGAAAAAGGAGAAAAAGAAGAAGAAGAAAAAGAACAAAAAGAAGAAAGACUCUAGCUCCGAGAGUGAUGGCAGUGAGAGUGAUAGUGGUGAUGAGUGGGUUGAGAAGCCAACAAAAUCAAGCAAGUCCAGCAAAAAGGAGAAGUUGUCAAAGACGAGUGACGACGAAGGGGGCAUCGUUGGUCCAAACAUACAGAAAAUUGCCCUGACACACAAGGAAAUGGGCAAAGCUCUAUUGCCUGGUGAAGGCGCAGCUAUGGCUGCCUAUGUGGCCGAGGGAAAAAGAAUCCCGAGGAGAGGAGAAAUUGGCCUCACCUCUGACGAAAUCGCUUCUUUUGAGUCUGUUGGUUACGUCAUGAGUGGUUCAAGGCACCGUCGCAUGGAGGCUGUCCGUAUUCGAAAGGAAAACCAGAUUUACUCUGCAGAUGAGAAACGUGCUUUGGCCAUGUUUAGCAAGGAUGAGAGGCAGAAGCGAGAACACAAGAUUCUUGGUCAAUUCAAGGAAAUGGUUUCAUCUAAAGUGCAGAAGAGAAUUUAGAAUCCUUCUUUGUUUCAAAAAUUGUAAUAAUAAAGGAACUUUUACUGUAA